AUGUCCAUACUGGCACGAUGCAAGAUAAGGCUAGUCUUACGGCCCACUUGCAGGAUGAUCGUCUGGAAUCCUACAGCUCCGAACACUGAUUUGAAGCCCGAAGUUCUCAAGCGAAGGCAAUCCCAGCAGCUGCUGGGGUGGGCUGACCCUCUUUCUGUCACUGCAUACCUCGCGCCACUCACGGUGUCCCCAAAAUAUCUCUGCGGACUUCCAUCUUCGGUCUGUCGAGGAAGGAGCAUACACCUCACACUCGCGAUGCAGCUCUUGACCGCUCUCUGCGCCGCCCUUGCAGCGGCAAUGGUCGUGGUGAGCCAGCCUCUGCCCGACCCUCUGGUGCGCAACACGACGACUGGGCUUGUUCGUGGUUAUCUUGAUGUCAACACCACCGGCGUGCCCCUCUACAAAUGGUACGGCGUUCGCUUCGCGGAGACCACGGCGGGCGCGAACCGGUGGAGGCCGCCGCAGCCCUACUACGCGGAGGGCAUCACCAACACGACCGCGUUCGGGGCGGCCUGCAUGCAGGGUAUCCCCAACGCAGGCAACGGCACGCAGAACCAGAGCGAAGAUUGUCUCUUCAUCAACGUCAUAGCCCCUAUGGGAGCCACGAACCUCCCGGUCUACUUGUACUCAUUUGGCGGUGGCUUCGACAGCAAUGCUGCCUCCGAUCCCAAGAUCGACGGGUCUUGGCUUGCUUCGCGGGACAUUGUGUACGUCAGCUACAACUACCGUCUGUCUAUCUGGGCGUGGCCGGCCGCCGUCGAGAUAGCACAGGCUGGUGAGACGCAGAACUUUGGCUUGUUGGACACGCGUACUGCGGUCGAAUGGGUUAGAGACAACAUUGUCAACUUCGGUGGCGAUCCUACAAAGAUCACUCUUGGGGGCGAAUCCGUCGGUGCAGAGAUGACGAACAUGUACAUGUCGGCAUGGCCUGAGGAUCCCAUUAUCCGUGGUGCAGUCAUGCAGAGUGCUGACACAUCGCAGCCUAUGUGGGAGCUCGGCAACCAGUUGAUCCCAAUCUCUCAGAACUUGUCCUGCACUACUGGCCCGGGGCAGCUCGACUGUCUGCGGACCAAGGACGCGUUUGCAAUUCAGGCCAUCCUCUGGUCGUCCGGCGCACAAUUCCAGCCCGUCAUCGAUAACAUCACGGUCUUCCAGGAUUAUGUCAGAUUGAUUAUCACAGGACAGACUGCCAGAAUUCCGUUGCUCAUCGGGAAUAACAAGGACGAAGGAUCAACGAUUGUCAACGGCGAACCUACCGCAUAUACAAAUGAAACUGCAUACAUACUGAGCAAUAACUUCAACUUCCCCAUGGCGAACAUUAACGCUGUCUUGAAUAUGUAUCCCUCGCCAUCGGCGCUGUACCCAACCACCAUCAACGCCACUAGUGCCAUGUGGCGUGAUGCACAUAUGAUUAGUCUCUCAAGUAACCUCGCCUUGUGGCGAACACAGUUGCUACAGCUGCCAGUCUGGCGGUACGAGUUCGCUCUGGUUGCAGACAACUUAAAUGCACUUGGUGCAUCUAUCGGGACAUUCCAUGGCGAGGAUAUCCAAUUUGUGAUGGGAACCUUGUAUACCAUCGCGGAUCAAGCGCCCUAUAUACCUGCGACUCCCUUCCAGUAUAACGUGUCCGAUUACAUGGUUACUGCAUGGACUAACUUCGUCAAAGACCCGACUUUGGGCCCGCGAAUCGAAGGCUGGGAGCAAUACAACCCUGCAGAUCCAACCACUCUGGCGGUGCUCGGGAUAUCUGAGACCGGCGCGAUCCCUGGAAAUGCGAGUGCGAUUGACUCGACCAUCCAGUACUGGAACCAAAUCUUGCCGCUUUUCCCAAGAACUUAUCCCGCUUGUGGAACCUGGACUUGUUCUGAUUAG